CGACGCGGUCGGUCCCCCCACGUAGAGCUAACGAACCGAAGCGCGCCAUAAUAUAUUGCAGGGCAGCGCAGCGAGCAAAAGGGGCGCUUCUUCCAUGAUCAUCAUACCAUACCAAAACCUUCCACAAGCUUCAGGGCAAUCUUGUGCGGCUGUGCCCCAUCCAAGCUGCUUUUGUGCUGCUUUUUAUUCAUUUUCGGAUUGGUUUCGUUUAGUUUCCCUGCUGGUCUAGUAGAGCGUUUUGCGAGGUAAAAGGCCUGAGCAUUUCAGAAGUUUGGAAGAAAAAAAAGAUGCCCCUGGAUUUUUGAGGUGGGCAUGAGUGGAGAGUAUACAGGGCAGAGAUACAGCCAUACAGGUCCAGCUUGCUGCUGCUGCUCCUCCUCUACUCCUGCCAUUGUUUAGUACACGCAACAAGGGUUCGUAUCUGUGCCUUACUUCUGAGGAGGGGUGGUCGAGAAUUGGUUAGCACAGAUGCUGCUAGGGAGAAGAAGGCUCCUCCUUGUGUGCGCAAGCCUCGUGCUUCUUUCACUCCUCGGGCCAUCCAAUGGCGCAUCGAACUCCACGGGGAAUAAUCUCGGCGAGAGCCGCAACAGGACCAGCAGCCAUCCUCUGGAGGUGACACCGGGAGUGUCGUUCCAGCUCAGGCUGCACGCGCUGUUCCACUGGUCUUCGUUUGGGUUCUUGAUGCCUCUGGGGAUAAUCCUGGUGAGAAUGUCCAGCAAGUGCCGCGGCGGCAGAUGCGUCAGAGCCCUCUUCUACUGCCAUGCCAUCUCGCAGACUGUGGCCGUCCUCCUCGCCACCGGCGGCGCUGUUCUGUCGCUGAUGAACUUCGAGAACUCCUUCAGCAACAGCCACCAAAGAGUGGGGCUGGCGCUGUAUGGAGUCAUGUGGCUCCAGCCAAUUCUCGGCUUCUUCAGACCAGAAAGAGGCGUCAAGGUGAGGAGCCUAUGGUACUUCUUCCACUGGCUCCUCGGGAUCGCGAUCUGCGCCACGGGGAUCGUCAACGUCUACAUCGGCCUCCGCACCUACCACGAGAGGACCGCCAAGAGCGUGAGGCUCUGGACGGCGCUCCUCACCGUCGAGGUCGCCUUCCUCGCCUUCUUUUACCUCAUGGUAGACAGAUGGAGCUACAUGCUGAAGCAAGGCCGCGCCACCGUCGAGCAGCUAAUAAGGCCGACCGAUAGCCGCAGAACCUACCCGACCACCCUUCGGAAGGAGCUGACCGUGGUGCAGGAGUGAGUGAAUCUCCGAACAGAAAGGCGAGAGGUGCUUUCAGACUUGCUGAAGAAGACGGUAGAGUGCUGCUGAUGGUCUUUUGUGGCUUGUUUGCUUUGAGAGAGGUGUGGAGUUCUUUAAUUUAGAACAUGUCUCAUGUGACUGAGAGCGUGCAUUCCGGUUCCAGAAUGUAUAUUGUACAGCUUUUUUCACGGUUGAAUUGAGGAUGCAGUCUGUUGCCAGCAGACAGAC